GACUUCUGGGAGGGGCUAGGGAAGGGCGGUCUGAAGUUUUAUUGAAUAGAGCUGUGUGCGUUAUUAGCCCGCCUGCAGUUUCUCUCCGGCCGUGUGCUCCUGCCUAAAGAACUCAGGGUGCUCAUUUCCUUCCUAGUCCUUUAGAAGAUUGUCGCAGCUGCAGAGGUAUCAUUAAAGAUUUCUGGAAUCAUCAUUUCAAAUCCAUCAGGAAUUGAGCAUUUGGUCUAAACGUGAGCAUCUGAUUGCUUAGUUAACCAGACCUUAUCUGGCCUCCCCAAAUCUGAAUAUACACCAUGGACGAUUUCGAGCGCCGCAGAGAACUUAGGAGGCAAAAACGCGAGGAAAUGCGCCUUGAAGCAGAAAGAAUAGCCUAUCAGAGAAAUGAUGAUGAUGAAGAAGAGGCUGCUAGAGAACGUCGUCGCAGAGCCCGUCAAGAGAGGCUUCGUCAAAGGGAAGAGGAGGAGUCUUUAGGACAAGUGACUGAAAAGGUGGAGGUUAAUGCCCAGAACAGUGUGGGUGAUGAAGAGACUAAAACCAGCACCUUAUCCAACACCCAAGUAGAAGGAAGCGAUGAUGCUGCAUUCUUGGAGAGGCUGGCCCGUCGGGAAGAACGUCGCCAAAAGCGCCUCCAGGAAGCCUUGGAGCGCCAGAAGGAGUUUGACCCAACAAUAACAGAUGAAAGUUUGUCACUACCCAACAGAAGAGCUCAAAAUGAUGCUGCAGAAAAUGAGACUUCUGAGAAAGAAGAGAAAAAUGAAAUCCGCCAAGAAAGAUAUAAACUAGAGGAAACUGAAACAAUCACCAAGUCCUACCAGAAGAAUGAUUGGAGGGAACCUGAAGAAAACAAGAAAGAAGAAAAGGAGAAGGAAGAGGAGGAAGAGAAGCCCAAGCAGAGAAUCAUUGAAGAAAAUCAGGUAGAGGUGAUAGUAGAAAAGAAAACCGAAGCCCAAGAGGAAAAGGUAGUAACAGAAUUGGAAAAUGGUCAGGUCUAUGCAGAAGAACCCAAAACAGAAAGGGAGAGGACAGUAGAUACAGAGGAGUUUACAGGUAAUGAAAAAGCAGAGGAGCAAGACCAGGCUGAGGCAGAGAAGCUCAGGUUGGAGGCUGAGGAAAGGGAACGGAUCAAGGCUGAACAAGAACAGAGAGCUGAAGAAGAGAGGAUGAGACUUGAGGCAGAGGAAAGACUGGCUGCCCAAGAAAAGGAAAGGAAGGAGGCAGAGGAAAGGGAAAGGAUUAAGGAAAAAGAGAGGCAAGCAGCAGAGGAAAGGGAACGGGCAAAAGCAGAGGAGAAACGCAUAGCUGAAGAGAAAGCUAAGCUAGAAGAGCAAAUGGUUAAAAAGCAGUUAGAAGAAAAAAGAGGCAAAGCAACAGAUAAGCAGAUUCAGGGGGGAAAAGGAGAAGAGAAAAUACAAGAUAACAAACUUCAGCCAGCUGGCCUAAAAACUCAGGGAGAAGAAAAAGGGGUCAAAGUGGAAGUUAAAAAAGAAAAAUCCCAAGAAGAAAAGACGACUUUCAAAAGGGAGGAGAUCAAAGAAGAAAAGAUCAACAAGGACAAGGGACCCAAAGAGGAAAUUAAAAGCAAUUGGGAUCGCAAGAAAGGGUUUCCAGAAGCCAAAUCUCAGAAUGGAGAACUUUCAACUCAUAAACUUAAACACACAGAGAAUACUUUCAGCCGAAGUGGUGGGAAAGGGAGCGCGGAUGUCAAGGAGACUGAGGCAACAUCCCAAGUGGAGGCUGGCAAGAGACUGGAGGAGCUGCGCCGCCGCAGGGGAGAGACGGAGAGUGAAGAGUUUGAGAAACUAAAACAGAAGCAGCAGGAGGCUGCCUUAGAGCUUGAAGAGUUAAAGAAGAAGCGGGAAGAGCGCAGAAAGGUUCUAGAGGAGGAGGAGCAGAGGAAGAAGCAAGAGGAGGCUGAGAGAAAAGUCAGAGAGGAGGAGGAAAAGAGGAGGCUGAAGGAAGAGAUUGAAAGACGAAGGGCAGAGGCUGCUGAAAAACGCCAGAAAAUGCCAGAAGAUGGUCUAUCAGAUGACAAGAAACCAUUUAAGUGUUUCACUCCUAAAGGCUCAUCUCUCAAGAUAGAAGAGCGGGCAGAAUUUUUGAAUAAAUCCGUCCAGAAAAGCAGUGGUGCCAAGUUAAGUCACCCUACAGCAGUUGUCUCCAAGAUUGACAGCAGACUAGAGCAAUACACUAGUGCAAUUGAGGGCACAAAGACUUCCAAACCAUCUAAGGCAGCAGCCUCAGAUCUACCAGUUCCUGCUGAAGGGGUCCGUAACAUUAAAAGCAUGUGGGAGAAAGGAAAUGUGUUUGCCUCCCCUACUGGGACAGGCACACCAAACAAGGAAACCGCUGGCUUGAAAGUGGGAGUUUCCAGCCGCAUCAACGAAUGGCUAACUAAAACCCCAGAAGGGAACAAGUCGCCUGCUCCUAAGCCCUCGGACUUAAGGCCAGGUGAUGUAUCAAGCAAGCGCAAUCUCUGGGAAAAGCAAUCUGUGGAUAAGGUCACUUCACCCACUAAGGUUUGAGACAGCUGGAGAAAGAACACUAGGUACCUGCUCAUGAUGCUGGACCAGCUCAAUUCAAAAAUGCUCAAUUGUUCUAUUUUAUAUUUAUGUUGAUUUACUAUGAUGUGGGUUCUUUUUUUUUUUUUUUUUUUUUUUGGUUUAUUUUACAUUAUCCCAGUUAAACCCAUGUAUAUUAGCACUGUAUUUAAUAAUCACAAUCUAGAGACAUUCAAGGUAAAAGUACUGCCUUUGCACAGGAGCCUAUUUCUAAAGAAACCCAUGCUGUGAAAUAUAGACUUUUCUACUGAGAGUCAUAACUCUAUGCCUGAACAGUGAUUUUAGCUGCAUCAGAAGUCAACCAAAAUAUAUUCAAGUUGAAAAAUGCCUAAGGAAUGUGUGCAGUAUCCAUAGAAAAAUAAAACAGUUGUUACUUUUGGAAUACAGAAGUUAUUGUUUCUGCACUUUAGAAUAAGGCAUGGAAGAAAUAAUUUUAGUUGACAAUUGUAAUAUUUUCUGUAAGUUGCCCAUGUCAGAUUUGAGAUACUGCAGCAUUAAUUUGUCUUUUUUGUUUGUUUUAUACUUCUAAAGUAUCACUUUUUCCAUUCUAGUUAAGUUAAUAUCUAAGUUGGAUUAUUACAUUAGCUGACAGUGGUACUAAUUUUUUAAGGUUGGUGGUUUUGUGGAUUUCUUUGGUAGUGAAUAGUAACAUGGACUGCAAUUUAGAAUAUAUAUAUGUAUGUAUAAUUAUGCAUGCAUAUAUAUAUACAUAUAUAUAUACAAACACAGCUUUAUAAAAUUUAGCGCCAAGCACUACUAAUGGUAGGAUGCUUUAAUAUGUGCUAGAAUAUUAUAUUUAGUAAUAAACUUACAUAACUAGUCAAUAUCACAGCUUUAAAAAAAUUUAAAAAUCACAACUUUUAUAUUAAUAUUUCACAAUUGCCAUUAGAAGUAUGGCAGGAAAUCUGAAAAUUUUAAAUGUCAGAUGACCUUUGAUAAAAGGGAAGAAAAAAUAAUGAAAAAAGAAUAGUUAGUGGAGCUAAAAGAGGUCAGUAUUUUCUAUAAAACACAUCAGUUAAUUUAUAUAAACUACCAUAAUUCAAGAUUAUUCCAAGUACAGUGUGAAUUAUGCUAAAGUAUGCCCCCCUGGAUUCUGUCCAAGGUCUAUGCAUUUAUACAAGUGGAAUUUCCAUUAUAAGUUGGAUAUGUUCUCUAAGAUCCCUUCCAGCCCUAAAAUUAAAAAAAAAAAAAAAAAAAAAAACCUUUGAACUUUUACAGAUUGGUCUCAGAUGUGUGUAUAAAGAUUAAGUAAAACUGAGCUUUACAAAAACAAUCAACAAAUGUGAGGACUUAGGAUCCUAAUAAUUUUCUUAACAAAAUAAUAAUUUGUUUAAACUAUGAGGUUGUUUUCCUUAGACUUUCUCAAUCAUAGCCAGUGAAGGUGAGAUGAUGAAAUUUCACACAUAUGUAUGAAUUUCCUAUGUUUUGGAAACUUUUCCAUCCUCACCCAAGAAUCUUUGUUAAAUGAUUCUUUUUACAUGUACUUAUAAGUAAAGCAUAAUGUCUUUCUUAAAACAGCAUAUGUUUACUAUUCGUAGUAGAAGAAAAAUGGGAUUCUGGCAAAUAGUUUCUGAUUGGAAAGCAUUGUAUUUGAGUAAGGUACACAAACACACUCACCUCUGGGUUUCCUUAAAAGAGUAAAGCCAAGUUCAGUUCCAAGUUCCUGACAAGCUGUAGGAAUUUUCAAAUGUUUCCCAUUUCCAGGUGGGGUUGGCUGCAGGUACACAGUGCAUACAAAUAGAGAUCCCUGACUUCAGCAGAAUCUAUUUUCUUCCAAUUCAACCAAGAGCAGCUCAGUACUUCAAGGUAGUAGAACAGGAAAACAGCAGCAUCCAAGACUCUCAAAUAACUAUCCAUCAAUUUUUUUUAAGUUAGAAAGAUAUAAAACAAUGAGUCUGAAUUUAUAUGUAGCACCUGAGUUCCCACAGAUUCCUGAAAAACAAAGAUGGAAGAGGGAAUUAGGUCCAAAAAGAAGACCUACCCUAAAUUAAUUUGAUGUUGAAUAUUUAAAUUAAAACUUCCUUCAAAUAAAUAUUUUCCUAUCAGGGAUAAAGUUGAAAAUAAAAUAUGCAGUAUAUCAAUCCUGAAUUGUGCUUCAAUAAUUAGUUUUAAUAUGUUUCAGGGUAGGAUUUUUGUUCCAUUAUUUUGUUUUAAUCUUAAAAAAAACCAAACAAACAUGGUUUUGUUGUUUACGUAUUAAAAGACAAAUGCAUCUGUUAACUAUAAGUGAAACUGCAAGUUGCCUAGCAUUUUCUGUGAAUCUGCCAUUUUAUAAACACUUCGAAGUUUUCAUUGACAACUGAUAGUUGCAAUACAAACAAUAUAUUCUGAAACUGCAUCCACAAUAAAUGAAAUAUCUCUAAAAA